AUGGUGACACCGAGAGCGCACAUUGAAGAGAUACGCAAGACCAAGUUUUCUAUUGGCGGGAGACUAAAUCCCUUAACUGAGGAUUUGCAUCAAGCUGUUACGAACCUUUCUCAGGAACUUUAUUCUAAAGAUGUUCACUUUCUCAUGGAGCUUAUCCAGAAUGCAGAAGACAACGAUUAUUUGGAAGGAGUGGAGCCUUCACUUGAAUUUGUCAUAACUUCUCGAGAUAUAACUGCUACCGGAGCUCCAGCUACAUUGUUGAUAUUCAACAAUGAAAGCGGCUUUACACCUAGGAACAUUGAUUCCAUCUGCAGUGUUGGACGCUCCACCAAGAAAGGAAAUCGCAGACGUGGUUAUAUUGGCGAGAAAGGCAUUGGGUUUAAAAGCGUUUUCCUGAUCACGGCUCAGCCUUACAUAUUUAGUAAUGGCUAUCAGAUUCGGUUUAAUGAAGGACCUUGUCCGCACUGUAAUGUUGGAUAUAUUGUUCCUGAGUGGGUUAAGGCAAAUCCAACUCCUUCACUUCUCAAAAGCAUACAUGGAAAACACAUCCCUCUUCCUACCACAACAAUAAUACUGCCUCUAAAACCUGACAAGGUCCAAUCUGUAAUGCAUCAGCUCUCCAACAUUCAUCCAGAGAUUCUGUUGUUUCUUACAAAGAUAAAGCGGCUUUCAGUUAGAGAAGACAAUGAGGAUCCUAUGCUUAACACCGUGAGUGCGAUUUCUAUUUUAAGUGAGACUAAUUUUGUCACAAGGAAGAACAUCGAUGCUGAAUCUUAUAUGAUCCAUCUUUCUGCCGAUCAAGUUGGUAACGAUGAUUUAGAAAAAGAAUGUGGCUAUCAUAUGUGGCGGCAAAGGUUUCCUGUCAAGAACGAGCACAAAGUUGAAAGAAGAAUGGAGGUAGAAGAAUGGGUUAUCACUUUAGCUUUCCCUGUUGGAGAACGUCUCGUUAGAGGGAUGCAGUCUCCAGGGAUAUAUGCAUUUUUACCCACAGAGAUGGUGACCAACUUCCCUUUCAUUAUUCAAGCAGAUUUUAUUUUAGCUUCAUCGAGGGAAACUGUUCUGUUAGAUAACAAAUGGAAUAAAGGAAUCCUUGACUGUGUUUCUGAUGCCUUCAUCAGUGCUUUCACUUCUCUCGUGAAAGAUACUGAAGCUCCAGUUUCAACUCUGCCUCACCUCUUUCGGUACUUGCCAGUCAACAAAGGUCCCUGCUUGGAGCUAAAUGUUGUCAGGGAGUCUAUUAGACAGAAGCUAUUAAACCAAAGUAUUGUUCCAUGUGAAUCGUACUCGGAGCAAAAGUUUUUCCAGCAGCCAUGUCAAGUUGGUGGCAUAUUGCCAGCCUUUUGGAAUAUUCUGGAUAAGGCUAGGGGGCAAGGUGUAGCCUUUCAUAACAUCUCCUCUCAUGGCACUUACAUUUUAAGUUCGUCAUUUGACAUACACGAGUAUAAUUACAUUCUAGAAUUCAUGGGUGUAAAAAUGGUCGCUGCUGAAUGGUAUGCUAGGUGCAUCCAGAGUUCUAAUAUUGUUAUGGAAGUUUCCGAGGAUGUGUAUCUGGAUCUUCUCCUGUUUGUUGCUGAGAAUUGGGUAUAUAGUUUUCAAAAUACCAACAUGAAGAAUGCAUCACUUUUGAAGCAUGUGGAUAUUCAUGGUAACGUUUCUCUAACUAGUGUCAGUACAGUUUCUCGAUGUGAUUCUGGGAAGUUGUUUAGGUCUACUGAGCAAAGUUAUGCAUCAUGGUUAAUCAACUGGAGUAAAUUGUUCAAAUCUGCAACAGACCACUUCUUCAUGCCAAUUUCAACCCAACAAGCUAUUGAGUUAUCUAGUAAACAGUGGAUCCUACUUGAUUGGCUAUCAAACAAAGUUAACGUCAAAGCAGUGAGUGUGUUUGGUUAUGCACAUCUACUCACCAAGUUAAUAAAGGAUGAUAGAGAUCUUGCUAUUGCAUACAGUCAUUUUCUUUAUCAGUCUUUUUCAAAGAAGUAUGUGUCUGAGCAGGAUGUUAAAGAAAUAUGUAAAAUCAUGCCUCUUGUUAAUAGUUACGGGCAGAUGAUGGCGCAACAGAGGAAGGUUCUGCUGCCUGCUAGUGGAAGCAAUUGGGUGGAGCUGAUUGGUUCUAAUCUGUGGACAAGUGAGGGUUAUGUUGAGCUUGGGAAAGACUAUCUUCAAACAAAAACCUAUUUUGGUAUUCGUACAACUGACAAAAAGCUGAUCGAUUUCUUGAAAAAAUAUCUUCCAGCAUCUGAUAUACCUCACAUAUCUCCUCCAAAUGCUAUAAUUCCAAGUGUGUCAGCUCCUUUAACCAAGAAAAAUGUAUUUUUGCUACUAGAAUGGAUUCGUUACUUGAAAAGGAAUAGGUAUAACAUUCCUCCAAAUUUUUUGUCGUGCAUUAAGGAGGGUAGCUGGCUGAAAAUUUCCCUGAAUGGUAGUUCCAGCUAUAGACCACCAUCACAGUCAUUCAUGGGCUCGUCAUCAGAAGCACACAUCUUACAGCAAGUGUCAGAGCUUGUCGACAUUCCAGAAGUUGAUAUGAAGUUUUAUGGUCGCAAACUAACUGAUUACAAGGAGGAGCUGAAAUUAAUUGGUGUGAUGUUUGAGGUAAAUGAAGCAUGCAGAUUCAUAGGAAACCAGCUUAUGUCUAUUGCAGCAUCUUCUAAUUUAACAAGAGAGAAUGUACUCGCAAUUUUGAAGUUCAUCAAGUUCUUGAGGGCUAAUUUAAAUUCGCCUGCACAAUUUAUUAAUAGUAUACAAGGUGGGAAAUGGCUGUGGACUAAGCAAGGUUACAGGGCCCCAGGCGAGUCAGUUUUAUAUGGUGAUGAGUGGAAAGCUGCUUCUGAAGUUAGUAACAUUCCCUUUAUUGAUGAAACUUAUUAUGGAGCCAAUCUAAAUGAUUUUAGAGAAGAACUGGAGCUAAUUGGUGUGAUAGUGAAUUUUGCUGGUAACUACAAACUAGUUGGUGAUAACUUGAAAUCUUCAGCUUGCUCAAGUUCUCUUACACCUGGGGCCCUCCAUUUGAUGCUGGACUGCCUCCGCCAUUUGAACUCAAACAAUAUUGUUAAUGCUCUCAAGGAUAAUAACUGCAUCAACACACAUGUUGGGUUCAGAACUCCUUCAGAAUGCUAUUUACCUGGCUCUGAUUGGGGAUGCCUUUUGCAGGUCUUUAGCUGCUUCCCGCUCAUAGAUGUAAAUUUCUAUGGGAGCGAAAUAUUCUUGUUCAAAGAUGAAUUAAAGCAAAUUGGAGUAGUGGUUGAUUUUGGUGAGGCAUCAAAAAAAUUUGAACGUGUAUUCAGGCAACAAGCGGAGUUACAAUUUAUUGGCAAAGUUAAUGUUCUUACACUUCUGCAAUGUUGCAGAAAGCUGAAGACCUCAAAUCCGUUUCCAACAGAUCUAAAGAAGUGUAUUCGUGAGGUGAAUUGGUUGCGUACUCGACUCGGUGAUUAUAGAGCGCCAACAGAUUGCAUUCUUUAUGGCCAAUCUUGGAAGUCUAUCUCAUCAAUCUCUUUGCUUCCUUUCAUUGAUGAUAGUGAUAAUCAGUAUGGUAUGGCCAUUCAUAAAUAUGACAAGGAGCUCAAGAGUAUGGGUGUUGUCUCUUCUUUUAAAGAUGGAGCACAUUAUGUUUUGAAUGGCCUUAAUUUGCCACAGGAUCCUAGCAGAAUAACUCCUGAACAUGUAUAUUCAUUGCUGGAAUGUAUCCGUAGGUAUAAGCCUAAGAAUGACAAUUUGGAGACUCAUGAGCUUUUUCCAUCAACAUUUCUGGAAAAAAUAGGUAGACAGUGGUUGAAAACCUAUUCAGGCUACAGUACUCCGCAGAGGUGCUUGCUCUUCAGUCCUGAGUGGGCCGAUUUUCUAGAAAGGGGCGACGGACCUUUCCUAGAUGAAGACUUCUAUGGUUCCAAACUCAGGGAAUACAAAAAUGAGCUUCAUUCUCUGGGAGUUAUUGUUGACACUAGAGAUGGUUGUUCUUUGCUUGCAAGUUACCUAGGUUUCCAUUCUAUAUUCACCCCUGUGAGUCGAAUAUAUAACUAUUUGAUUGAAUUUAAGUGGAAGCCUAAUGACAACGACAAGAAAGAUAUUUGGAUUCCAAGUAGUAGAGAAUAUGGUCAGUGGGUGAGCUUUGAAAAUUGUGUCAUUCAGGACAAGCAUGGUCUACUGGGAUCGCGCUUGCAUGUUCUAGAGAAGCACUAUACAGGUAAGUUGCUAAGUUUUUUCUCCAUUACUUACGGAGUUAAAAUGAGCCCCUCCAUUGAUGAUUAUUGUGAAAUUUGGAAGACAUGGGAAGCUUCUGGCCACCAACUAACUCAUGAUGAGUCUUGUGCCUAUUGGGGAUUUGUUGUGAAGAACUGGAGCUUGAGGACAGAAGAAACAUUGGCUCGACGGAUGUUAAAACUGCCUGUACAUUCAGGCUCAAAUGCAAUAAAUCUCGUGAAUAAACAGGACGUAUUCAUUGCCGAUGACCUGCAGCUGAAGGAUCUUUUUGAAAAGUCUUCUUUUAGUUCGCUAUUUGUUUGGUAUCCCCAACCGAGCAUGAAAUCUCUGCCCAGAACUAAGUUGCUAGAAAUUUAUAGCAAAAUAGGUGUUAGAAAUAUCUCUGAGUCUGUGCAGCACAAACUUUCUGCAGUGGAUACUGUAAGCCUGAAGCAACUGAACCCAAGGGAAAUAUUUAUUGGAAAAGAGUUGUUGAGACUUAUUCUUGGAUUUCUAGCUGACAUUUCACCCAAUACGGAAGCAGGUAUCAGGCACAAUGUUGUCAGAGUCCUCCUUCAAGUUGCUGUCCUUGAGGCGGGAGACAAAAUAACAAUGUGCCAUACUUUAUCAUUAUCAUCUGGUAAAAUCCUUAAAGUUGAAGCAAGGCAAAUGCUAAGAUGGGAGAGACAAAUUUCAAAGCUUUUCGUGCAGAAAUUGGCCAAGAAUGGAGGACAUAAAAAUUUCAUUGAGUAUGCUUCAGAAUUUUCUGAAGUAGUGGCUGGGGGCUUAUUAUGGGAGAAUGAAGAUCAUGCACGUCAGCUUGCAGACCUUGUUAGGUUGGGUUUUCUCGUAGAAUUCAAUGAGGAGGCAAUUAUGUAUCUCAUGAAGACGAAAAAUCUGCAGACAUUUUUGGAGGAUGAAGAGUUUCUUUCUUCCAUCUUUCCAGAUGAAUAGCUGAAUGGGAUCUUCUGCUUCAGAACUAAUGUUGACAGAAUUGUUCGUAGCACUAGAUGUUGACAGAAUUGUUCGUAGCCAUUAGAAUUCAAGACGUUUAGGCUGCAAUACCACGUCAACUUUCUAAAUUUCGUUGUUCUGG